CAUCUUGGGGGCGGAGAGACCGCCCGGCCGCGUCCGCCGAGUCCGCGUCCACCUCCUCCUCCUCCGCCUCCUCCGCCUCCACAGCCGCUCCGCCGGGCCGGGCAGGGCAGAGCCGGCCAAGGAGGUGAUGAUGGUGUUGGGGAGACUCGUGAAGAAGCCGCCGUCGCCGCCGGGCAGCUGCAGAGGGUUCUGGGGAUGGCUGAACGCCGUGUUCAACAAGGUGGACUACGAGCGGAUCCAAGCCGUGGGCCCCGACCGGGCGGCCUCGGAGUGGCUCCUGCGCUGCGGGGCCUUGGUGCGGUUCCAGGGCUCCCCAAAGUGGCAGCAGGACUACAACGGGCUCCCCACGGGGCCCCUGGGCAAGUACAAGAUAGAAGCAAUUAAUGCCACCGACUCCUGCAUCAUGUACAGAGGAUUUGACUACCUGGAUGGUCUGGAGCACGUCACGGACAUCAGGCUGGAGAAGUGCAUGUACAUACAGGACGAGUGUCUGCAGAGGCUCAGCGAGACAAACAACCUGCAGAAGAGUCUCCUCCAGCUGAAGAUCAUCUCCUGUGGGAAUGUCACAGACAAAGGCAUCCUUGCCCUUCACAAGCUGACGAACCUUGAGUAUUUGUAUCUGAGUGACCUUCCUGGAAUCAGAAAGAAAGAAACCACCUUUCACGCCCUUCAGCAGGCGCUGCCAAAGCUGGAGCUGGAGCUGGACUUGGAAUAAACACGACAGCACAUGACUGAGAUGUGACUUCCUAGUAUUUAUCAUAUAUUGCAUAAAUUAACUUGUAGAUGCUGCUGUAUUUCCAGGUGUGAAAAUAAGCCCAGCUCUCCCAGUGCAGCCUCAAAAAGCUGCAUGUGACCUUUCCAGAAAUUAUGCACUGAAGUUUUGUUAAGCUUAAACUAAGUGGUGGAUAGCAACAGAGGAGGCAGGUGUCUGUACAGAGUCACGUUUCCUGUGUUCGUAGGGAGCUGUUAAUACCUCAGUGAGAAGUGUUCAGCUGUUUUAUUGCACAGAAAUGAAGUGGCAGUGACAGUGGGGAGUGAAGCCGCAGCGCUGGGCGCGGUCGGUGCCGGGUGUUGGUGCUGUGGGAACAAGGGCUGUUCACUCUCAGAGAAUCCCGCCCAGUCGGUGGGAGCUGAUUUAAUAAAACAGGUCAUGGGCCUUUUUUUGUGUUA